AGAUCCACCGAUGCUAGGCUAACUACCUUUAGCUGCCGGGAGCGGACAUGUUGUACCGACCCCUCCUUGGAUAAACAUUGUUUUAAGCGGGGAAUCGGGUACUGGGGAAAGGCUAGGGGGACCGGGACCAUGGAGGCCGUCAACGCCUUUAACCAGGAGUUAUUCUCCCUGAUGGAAUCCAAGCCCCCGAUCUCUCGGGCGAAGAUGAUAUCCAUCACCAAAUCAGCCAUCAAAGCUAUGAAACUCUACAAACAUGUGGUCCAGAUUGUGGAAAAGUUCAUUAAGAAGUGCAAGCCUGAGUACAAGGUAGCAGGUCUGUAUGUGGUGGACUCCAUUGUUAGGCAGUCCAGACACCAGUUUGGAGCAGACAAGGACGUGUUUGGCCCAAGAUUUACCAAAAACAUCACAGGAACCUUUGAGAACCUCUGCCUUUGCCCUGUAGAGGACCGGAGUAAGAUUGUGCGAGUGUUGAACCUGUGGCAGAAGAAUGGGGUGUUCACGAUCGAGAUUAUUCAGCCUCUCUUGGACAUGGCAGCUGGUUCUGGCAGUGCUGCAGCUCCGUACACAUGCACAGAUGAGCCAGGUUCUUCUCCACCUCCAGCCAAAGAGCCGGUUACUGCAGUAACGGCAAACUCCACCAUAACACCCACUGCUCAGCUGCAGAACUCCGAUGCCUUUGCUGCUGUGGCACAACUCUUCCAGUCGUCACAGGGUCAGCAGCUUCAACAGAUGCUGCAGAACUUUCAGCAGCAGCCGGUGAAGCCCGACAUCCCCACUCAGCCUCCUCUUCAUAUGAGCCACAUACAGGCUCAAAACAUCAACCCUGUCCUGGGCAUCAGCACUUCACAGCCUCCCCUGCACACUCAGCCCACGCAGCAGAAAUCUGCCUUUGACACGAAAUUGCUUGACCGUUUUGACUAUGAUGAUGAGCCAGAAGUUGGGGAGGAAACAAAGAAGGAUGACACUGCAUCUCAGCCCUCCUUUAUUCAGCAGCCUCCAGGCUUCCCACAACAGCACAUGGAGCACUUUAAACCACAGAUGAUGAACAUGUCACAAGAUCACUUGCAACAGGUUCCACUCCCUCCUAAUGGCCAGCUCCAGGCCUAUGGUUUACCACCAGGACAAAACUUCCCAGGUAUCAUGCCUCCUAUGGGGCAUGUUCAUCCUGGGCAGCCCCUCCCUGGUUCCACUGGGCCUCCAGGUUUCCCAGGAGUAUUUCCUCCACACAAUGCUGCCCAGCAACAACAGGAUUUGUCGAUGGAUGCAGACCUUUCAUCUAUGAGGGAUGGCAGACACGGUCAAAGGUCGCGCUCCGGCUCUCGGUCUCCAAAGCGGAGGAGGUCACGGUCUAAUUCCCGCACACGGCGGUCGAGGCACAGGCGUUCCCGCUCGCGCUCCAGAGAGCGGCGUCACCGUUCCCCACGCUCUCGCUCGCAGGACCGCAGGGAGAGAGAGAAGGAGAGAGAGAAGGAGCGAGAGCGACGGCAGAAAGGCCUCCCACCAUCCAAGAGCGAGACGCUAAGCAUUUGCAGUACGACUCUCUGGGUGGGCCAGCUCGACAAGAGAACACAACAGCAAGAUGUUGCAUGUUUACUGGAGGAGUUCGGGCAGAUAGAAUCCAUCAAUAUGAUCCCUCCACGCGGAUGUGCCUAUAUAGUUAUGAUACAUAGGCAAGAUGCCUACAGGGCCCUUCAGAAGCUUGGCAGAGGAUCUUACAAAGUUAAUCAAAAAUCCAUCAAGAUUGCUUGGGCUUUGAACAAGGGCAUAAAGCCUGAGUUUAAACAGUUCUGGGACGUGGAGCUGGGUGUCACUUACAUACCUUGGUCUAAAGUCAGGGAUGAUCAGUUGGAGGAGCUAAAAGAAGGAGGAACACUGGAUGUAGAGACAUUAUCACCAGAAUGGAGUGGGAUGAGGAAGAUUUUAGAUCUUCCAGAGGAACUGAACCACAAUGGCCGUUCAGAGCCACAGGAGGAGACACAGAUAUUACCUGUGCCUACUGCAGCUGCUCCUCUUGCACAGGUUCCACCAAUGCAGCCGCCAAUGAUUGGUGUGGGUUCCCUCCAGCCUCCUGUCUUUCCUGGACCCAUGGGCAUGCUCCCUCCUUCCUUCCCCCCAGGUGUCCCCCCUCCGCCUUUCAUCAGACCUGGCUUCAACCCCAUGCAGAUGCCUCCAGGUUUCCUUCCCCCUGGUGCGAUGCCUUUAGGUCCCCCGCCUGCUGUCAAAGGUGGAGUUGAGGACCAACCUCUGGACCCGGCAAGUCUGGGUAUCAGGAAAAACGAUGAAGGCUCAGAGGGUCCCAACAUCUUCAACAAUCAGAUGGCCCCUAUGGGUAAUCAACUAGGUGCACCACCAGGUGGUCUUUCAGGUAUACCUCCAGGUGGUCCCCCAGGAAGCAUCCAACCUCCCACUGGUGGCCUGCUUGGUGCACGGCCUGGUAUAAUCCCACUGCAGCGUCCUCCUGUUCCUCCACUACCACACAUGCAGCGUUUCCCUCCACCCCAUGUGACACGACCUCCUCACCCCAACAUGCCCCCUAUGCCCCCACAGAUGUUACCAAGGGGGCCCCACCCUCAGCCCCUUGCACCCAAAGGAGGUUUUGGGAUGCUGCCUCCCCUCAACAUACGUGCUUCUUUCCCCCCACAUGGGCACGGGCCUCUUCCUCAGGUUUCUCUUCCUCAAGUUUCUGUUCCUCAAGUUUCUCUUCCUCAAGUUUCUCUUCCUCAAGUUCCUCUUCCUCAAGGUCCUCCUCCUUUUAUCAGACCAGGAGGACCUCAUGGCUUGGAAGGACCAGAAGAAACGGAUGGCAGACCUUUUAGGGGAGAAAGACCGGGAUUCAGGGACCGAGAGCCAGACAGGGAGAGAGACUGGGAUCGGGACAGGGACAGAGAGAGAGACCGGGGUUUUGGAGGUGGAAGGCGAGCAUUUGGUGAUGGAGCGAGGGGUGGUGAUGGAGCGAGGGGUGGUGAUGGAGGGAGGGGAGCGGGUGGAGAUGGAGCGAGGGGUGGUGAUGGAGGGAGGGGAGGGGGUGGUGAUGGUGGCAGGGGAGCGGGUGGUGAUAGAAUGGAGGGGAGGGACAGGCUUGGAGGCUGGCAGGAAGACGGAGGCAAUCACCGAGGAGGAUGGGAGAGAGAUCGGGAUCGGGACAGAGACCGUGAUCGGGACAGAGACCGACGAGACUGGAGGGAGAAGCGAAGCAGUCUUGACAGGGACAGGGAACGAGGGAGGGGUGAUAACGGGGAAAGGGAUCAUGGGAAGGGGGAAGGAGGAGAACGAGGAAGGGGAGACAGAGGGAGUCGAGAGCGAGAGAGAGGGAGAGGAGCAGAGGGGAAAGAAGGAGACAGGCCCAGGCGAUCAGAGCGGCGAGAGAGGAUCUCGCGGUGGGACAGGGACGAUCGACUAGCCGAACUGGAAAACAUGGAAUUUCGGACCUCUAACAGCACAGAGAAACCCUGUGUGACUCCUGCGCCUACUGUGGAAGCCAGUCAAAAACCCAGUGAGGAAGCUUCUCAACAAAAGCCAGACUCAGAACUCCUAGCUCCGCCCCCCGAGGCAACUGCUGCUGCAAAAGAGCCGGUGCCUACUGAGCCUUUACCUUCAGUUCAGAGUGAAACUACAGACAUAAAACAGGAAGCAGCAUCAUAGACUGGCUCAGACUGUUCCUAAUCGCCAGACAUUGCUGCUGAGAACCACUGAAAGAUGACCCAGGUGUUUGUCACCAUGGUAACCAGUCUCAACUCCUGGAAAGAAUAAUAACUAGCCACAGUUUAUCACAUGGGGUUUGUUAGUUUCUGGGAAGAAACACAUUUCUUGAAAGCAAACAUCUCCCACACAUAGAAUUUACUGUUUUUACGGUCAAGUUUCAUUUUGCAUCCUUGUCUCAAACCAAAAGAACACAAUGAGAGAGAGAGUCAGUUUGGGGGCAAAGUGAUGCAGUAAUGCAUUGGUUGUGACCACUAAUGUUUCUCCUCACAUGUGAUAAUGUUGCUCUGUCCACCAGAGCUUAAUGUCGGCGUCCGUUUUAUGUUUUUACUCAAAUUGGUUCAAAGAUGGCAAACAAAUUAUGUUUAUGGCACCACUUUCGUUCAAGGCCUCAUCCUUUCACCCCUCAACAUAGCAAAUCCAUUCAUUUUUAAAUUCAUAUGUUUUUAUUUGCUAAAAGAGUCACGUCAAACACUGAAUAUCUUGAGCAUUUCUGUUAUAAAAGAAGCAUCCUUUCUUUUAUUUUAUUUUCAUCCUGUCUUGCCUGAAGGGCACAGCUUUGAAAGGACUAUGGUGGCCUUAAAACCUAUUCAAGAUACUAGGUAAUUGGAUGCUGGCCAUAUGAUUUAAACAACAUAUUCCUUUGUGUUUGGUAAACUUCCCAGAAUGUUACCAAAGUCUAUCCCUAUUUGUGACAUAUGCACAUUUUCUGGCCAACACCUUGAGUCUUUAAAAAUCACUUUGAAGACAUGGUUUUAAUUUGAUUAAGGUAUCAAUUCCAUCAGUACUGAGACUUAUAAAGGCACUAGCUCACAUGGUACCUGAAUCUAACAGGGAUUAUGUUCAGUUUCCUUUCAAAAAUGUAACACUUUCAUUCUCAUUAUUUUGAACAUGACUCAACGAUACCUAACAUUUUUGACAAACUGUGUCAUUUUAUAACAAAACUGUCGUGAGAAUCUUUUAAUGCUAUUGUUUGGUUACAUAUAUUGAGCAGUGGCAUAGGGAAACUGAAUGUCCGAGAGGCAUUUCAGAUGAGUGAUUUCAACAUUAGGAAUGAAAGAAUCCCAGGUUUCUUGUGGCAUAGCUCCCUUGGAAUAUUUAAGAAAUAAUCAAUUUUGAUGCCAUUAGAUAAUCAGACUUUGUUUCAGAAGUCAGUGGGAACUAAAUGUGGAGAUGUUAUGCAAAAAUUCAACUCAGUUUUCCCAUUAAUACCCUCUUCAAUAACUUACAAAUUUUUAUUUUGAAAUGAAAUGUUUAGGUCAUUUUUUAAACAUUUACAUCUUGAAAGUGCUGUUGAAAAAACGUCACGUGUACAACCAAGUAAUUAUUUCUGCUGUCUAAAUUUAAUGCAGUUGUCUAAAGGUGUGUAUUUUAUGUUAACAAAAUAAAGCAAAGUCCUUUUUUUUUGUCAAUCCAACUGAAGUACGUCCAGCCCAAGUUAUCUUUAUCUAUUGUACUCAACAAAAACAAGCGUAACUCCAGGUGCCAGCUCGGUCAUUUUGUAUAAAUAUAAGUUAGUAAGUGGUAAUGUGAUCUUUCCCUGUGCGUACUGAAGGAAGGGGGAAUUACCUUGGCUCAGAUGAAUUAUGUUUUGGAAUCUUUAUCGAUUUGUCUCGUAUAUGUGUCAAACUUUGAUAUAAAUUACUUUUGGCCACAUGAGAAUUCAUUUUUCUUUGGUUUUUGACAAACACAGCCUUCACACUUGGUGUCCAUAUCACUGAAGACAUAUUGUGUCUGAUAUUAUUUUACUUUUUUAACAUCUCACGCCCAUGGUCUGCAAGCUCAAGUCUUGUUCUGUAGUCGUUCUAACGCAGAGACACCAAGGGCUAAGCUUAAGUGAUGAAUUGAAGAGUAUUGCUCGGGACACUUUGCUGUAAAUAUGCUUGUAACACUGACACUCCUAGGGCGUCAACAGUGAUUGUUGUUAAUAAUCUGUGAUUCAUUUACUGGAGAGUAAAGGAAAAAAAAAAAAACCUGUUGACAUAGAAGGAAUAACAGAGGCCCUUUUGCUUUAAUGUUUUUAACUCCUCAUGGUUUGAAAGUUGACAGAUGUUUCUAUGACUUGUAAAAAAAAAAAUGCAAAAGACAUGGACAUAAAGUCUUCAAUAUUUCAACCAUAGGAAAUUGUUUUUAAUAAACUAUUUUUUUACCAAAAACA